AUGAGUAAUUUUCGGAACACAGGUGCAUCGAUUAAGAAUCUUGAAAUUCUGAUGAGUCAAAUAGCACAACAAUUGGAAAAUCCUCAACAACCUAGUGCUCUACCUAGUGCCACGAUUACAAAUCCCAAAGAUCAUAAUAAUGUGAGUGCCAUAAUCAUGAGAAGUGGUAAAGCGAAAGAAGUUGUGGAGGAAAGUGCUGAAGAAGAAGAGCCAUUGUUGGAAGUUGAUAUGGAAAUAAAGGAAAAUGAGGUAGAAGCUGAAGAUUUGGUUGUAUCAGAACCUGUGACGAAAGGGAAGGUUAUUAAGCCAAAACCGACCAUUAAACUUCCCUUCCCUACAAGAAAUAAGAAGAAGGGGCAGCAUGAGAAAAAUUUUGAAAAAUUAUUGGAGAUGUUCAAAAAGCUCGAGUUAAAUAUUCCAUUCCUGGAGGCAUUGGAGAAAAUUCCUACAUAUGCCAAAUUCAUGAAAGACACCAUCUCAAAGAGAAGAACCAUUGAUCGUGACCCUAUUAUUCUUACUGAAACUUGUAGUGCUAUUUUGCAGGGUAUGAAGAUCCCGGUGAAAAAGAAGGAUCGAGGUUCCGUGACUAUUCCUUGCACAAUUGAGGAUUGGUCAUUCAAGAAAGCUCUUAUUGAUUUAGGAGCAAGUGUGAGUCUUAUGUCGCUGUCUAUUUUACAAAAGGUUAGGAAUUGGUAA